AUGGCUCCUCAUCCAAUCCUCAUUGAUACCGCGGACGACUUUGCGCCGAUGCCGUCCGCUUUCCCUCCCGUGGCGAACCCCGCGAAGCGCAAUCUGCUCCUUGCCCCCCCGUCUGUCGCGGCGCACGAGGAGAAGCUACGCGAAAUCUUCACGGCUUUCGACCGGGCAAAUACCGACUUGCAGAUGCUAGACCGGCUCUCUGCUGGAUUUGUGUCUCUACCUGCCGCUACAUACGACUUGGUCCUCGUUCUUACCGAUGCUGAUGGAUCACGUACUGCCGCGUCUGCCCAAUUGCUGAACCGUCAGCUGUUUGCUUCUCUGGUUCCCGCCAUCAAAGUGGGAGGUAGAUUGCAGUUCCAAGAUGGCCAACCGGGCGCGACGGAGUCCAAAGAGGCAAUUCUCGCCGGCCUGAUUGCCAAGGAUGGCCAUUUCGAGAAGCAAGAGGAGGAGGAAGUUGUCAUUCCUCUGCGAUUCGGCAAGAAAAAGACGCCAGCGCCUGUGCAAAAGUUUGACUUCAGUAAGCUGGACGAUGAUGACGAUGAGCUGAUCGAUGAGGAUAACCUGCUUGGCGAGGAGGACCUAAAGCGACGUCCACAAGCGCCCGUCGAAUGUCAGCCGCAGAAGCGCCGUCGUCCCUGCAAGGAUUGCACUUGUGGCUUAGCCGCGAAAUUCGAAGCCGAAGAAAAAGAGAGACGAUCCCAAGCGGAUGCUGGCCUCGAGGCCAUCAAGCUCGAUACAAACGACCUGAACGAACUCGAUUUUACUGUCAAGGGCAAGACGGGCUCGUGCAACAACUGCUCGCUGGGAGAUGCAUUCAGAUGCUCCACUUGUCCGUUCAUCGGACUGCCAGCAUUCAAGCCAGGCGAGGAGGUGCGCAUUAUGAACGAAGUACAACUGUAA